CUUCAGCCGCGACGGUUUGCGGUUCGUGUUGUCGCAUGUUGUCGUGCACUGCUUGCUUAUUAUUAUUAAUAUAUAUAUAUAUUUGUUGUUUUUUGCUGUUGCGUUCAAAAGUUGCAGCAGACGUCGCUGUCUUCGUUGUCGGCUUUGCGCGUUGCAUCUUCAGGUUUUUUUUAUUCGGUCGGUGUGCUUAGCGCAAGCUUUUUUGUGGCAAGCAUUGAUAUUUAACGAUCGUAAUAAAUAAAAAAAAUCUCAACAAGUGCGAUGCCAAAAACUCAACUGUAAGAAAAUUUAAAAGAUCUGUAGGAAAAUCGAGAGAAAGAGAGAGAGAGAGCGUGACCGCGCUCUUGGGUCAUUACAUUAUCUCAACUCUAUCAAUGCCAUUUGGCGCUAUCAACUCUAUUGGAUAAACUGUUGCAACAACAACAACAACAACAACAAGAGGAACAAUAACAAAAACAAUGCUGCACAUUUGCCUCGUGCUGUCGUUGUUGCUGCUCAACACACACUCUAGCGCUCAUGGCGAGGAAGUAGUGAGUGGAGAGGAUGCCACGCCCACAUUGCGAGUGCAGCGUUAUGCGAACUACACGGAACUGUCGCAACAGGUGCAUGCCUCCUUGUUGGCGCAUGAACAGUUGCAACAACACCACAAGCAACAGCAACAACAUGGACGAGCCAAGCGAGCGGUGAAGCGUGUGUGUUACAAUGAGCUCGGAUGCUUUGAGGAUUCGGGACCGUUUGCCUAUCUGGAGAUGUUGCCCUCAUCACCCGAGGAGAUAAAUACUAAAUUUUAUUUUUACUCGACGCGACAACGCUCCGAUCGACCGCUUAUGGAAUUGUCCUUCCUCAACAUGACGGCAGCAUUUGCCAAGGCAAAGGCUAAGCGGGAGUCGGAAGCACCGACGGGAACAACUAGUUCACCAGGCCCAACUGGUAACUCCUCCAGCUCCACCUCCACAUCCAACUCCCACACGACUCCUGGCCUAAAUGUGACCACAGAGAAGUCGACAAGCUCAAGUUCAAGGAAAUCUCCCUCCAUUGAUGAUCUUGAGGGCUUCGAUGAACUCUCCGUGCGCGUGAUCGUGCACGGCUUUGGCUCGGCAUGUCCGCAUGUCUGGAUCUACGAGAUGAAGACGGCCCUGAUGGCGGUGGAGGAUUGCAUUGUCAUCUGUGUGGAUUGGGAGAAUGGUGCCACUUUUCCGAACUAUGUCCGAGCUGCAGCAAAUACGCGUCUCGUGGGUAAACAGCUGGCGAUGCUGUUGCGUCAUCUGGAGCAGCACAAGGGUCUAAAUCUGAUGCGCACCCAUGUGAUUGGUUUUAGUCUUGGAGCUCAUGUUUCAGGCUUUGCAGGAGCUGAGCUGCCAGGACUUUCACGCAUCACAGGCUUGGAUCCGGCAGGACCUCUGUUUGAGGCCCAACAUCCGAAGGUGCGUUUAGAUAGCAGCGAUGCGGAAUUUGUCGAUGUCAUUCAUUCGAAUGGCGAGAAUCUAAUCCUCGGAGGCUUAGGCUCCUGGCAGCCCAUGGGACAUGUGGAUUAUUAUCCAAACGGAGGACGUGUGCAGACGGGUUGCUCCAAUCUCUUUGUGGGCGCCGUCACGGACUUCAUUUGGUCGGCUCAGGCAGCGGAGGACGAAGAGGGACGCUCACUGUGUAAUCAUAGGCGUGCCUACAAGUUCUUUAUUGAUUCGGUGGCACCACGUUGCAUGUUUCCAGCUUUUCCCUGUGCCAAUUACGAUGAUUUUCUUAAAGGCAAGUGCUUCCCCUGCGCCCAGGACGAUGAGGAUCUGGCCGAGGGUGUGCCACGCUGUGGCAACAUGGGAUACUAUGCCGACAGAUCAACGGGACGCGGUCAACUUUAUUUGCUGACCCGCGAGGAAGAACCCUUCUGUGCACAUCAGUUCCAGCUGCAAAUCUUUAACUCGUUUAACGAUUUGCCACUGCGUACAAUUGGUCGCCUGGAGGCCAUACUCGAGGGCGAUGGUGGCCUAAACGAGACAUUCGAGAUAUCCGAAAAAGACGACGCUGAAUUCUUUGCUGGCGACAUUGUGUCCAAGAUCAUUGUGCCACAUCCAGCUCUGGGUUUUCCCACCACGCUGAGCCUACACUAUAAAUCGUAUAGUGGCUGGCUAUCGAAGGGUCUGCCCCACUGGGACAUUGACAAGGUGGUGCUAACGGAUAGCUUUGGUCGCAGUCAUUCCCUCUGUCGUCCCAGCACGAAGCUCAGCAGCGGCAGUCCGGUAAGAAUGCGUCUCCAAGCCGGCAACUGUGAGCUGGACAAUCAGGAUGAUUAUGGUGCCUACACGACACAGCCACCGGCCUCGUUGCCACCAGGCACAGAUGCCCCACCGCUCGAUUCGAGUGUGCAGGAGUCUGGCCUGAGUGCCACUGUUGAUGGUGUCGAGAGUGUGAAACAGCGCAAGGAUAUCUUCAAUCUGGGCACGAGUUUCAAGCUUGCACAGAAUCAAACGUAUCCAUUGGAUCAGUCCGAUGAGUUGCCCUGGCAGCCCAUCCUCGUUGGUAAUUCCCUCGACAAGGAUGCCAACGAAGCAGAGGCAGCCGAGUCAAGUCGCAGUUUGUCGGACAAUUUGGCACCCGGACAACAGCCAACGAGUGAGAUCUUUGAGCCCGUCCUGAAGGAUCGUCGUCUGUCGCUUAACCGUGGCAGGAAUCUGCACGAGUAUACGACUACGGAGGAAAUUGUUGAGCCAGUGCUAAAGGCAACCACACCGCGAGCCAAGCACGGCAAGGAUUUGCAUUUGCCGGAUGUCGAACCUCCAGCUGACAAUAAAGCCACGACUCAAACGACUAACACUUCGGAAAGCCGUGCAGCGACACCAACGACACCCAAAAUGAUGGCACAAUUGGCCAGUGGGCAGGAGGAGCAACAAACGGUGCAACUGCUGCCUUUCCGACUCGGCGAGCUCUUGCAACGUGCUGAGCGCUAUGCACGGGAGACGCUGCUCCCACUGAUCUCCGUGCAGGCGCCACGGUUCUUUGGCUUCAACGUGACGCCACACGAUCGGGAGCAAUCGCGUACUGGCGAGUCACGCAAACCACGCUAUAUUCCACGCUACGAGGAGGCCGCCUUCCUAAACACCACGAGCAGCAGCAACAGACGCAACUCGGAGACGUCAACGGAGCAAACAGAUCAAGCGGCCAGACGUAAUCUCUUCAAGCUGCUGCGCUCGGAUGGCGCCAGAUCGCAAGGUCGUUCAGCCCAGCGACGGAGACAACAGGAGGCAGCCAAUCCAGUUGCCACCAGCGAGCCACAGAAUGAGAUUAACUACUACACGAAUAUGCAGCUAACAGAGUCGCGGUCAAUGCGACCAGAGUCACCCAAUUAUCGUCCCGUUUUCAUUGAUCUGCCCACGUAUCGACCGCCGUUAGCAUCCAAGGAGAAGGCCAAGGCGUUGCGACGUGGACGCGUUCAGCAGUUGAACUGAAUUUAGAAUUUGGCUCAGCUUAAUCAGCUUAAUAUAUGUAAACAUUAUGUGAUAUGACAAUCUGAUAAAUCGCCACUGCAUCACCUGCUGCUGUGGGGCAACUCUUCUGUUUUUGGUAACGAUUCGCAAUUUGCCAUUGGUCAUGGUAAUUAAUUGCUGAGCGCGAAGCUCUCUAAUCGGUAAUCGAUAAUCGGGCUACUCGUCCUACUCGUCCUACCAAAACAACACUACCCUCUGUGUACUGUAAAUAACCGUUUGAGGAAUUUUAAAUUCAUAUUCAACAUCAUCUUGCUGUUGACAAAAAUUCUACAUCUAAGUUAGCAACUUAGUUUAUAAUGUGACAAUUUAAUAAAUUAAUAGCGUUUUAAGUAUACACACAUUAA